AUGUCGGAACAGGUAGCUGCUGUGGUCGGAGGUGUGAUUGUUGGAAUUCUUUUAUUGGUCCUCAUCGGGAUAGCAGCGUACCUCUUUUGGAAGAAGGUGUACCUGCAGGCCUCUUAUGAAGAACUCGUGAGCCCUUCCUCCCCAGUUGAAAAGUCUCCUGGUCUGCAGGCACCAGCUGAUGCCCAAUCAUCAUCUUCAGUUCAGCCUCAGAAUUCAAGAAUGAGAAGUGUCCCUUUUAUCGUCCCACCGAAAUUUCAUAAGCAAGCUUGGAUUGACAUGACAAACGGAGAGCAAAUUCAAGAUGACAGCGAUCCGUACGUGACCCCUGACUCGGGCCCCCGAUCUUCUUUCCAUUCCUUAGCUGGAGCAUACCAGGUAGGAGCCCUCAACCCGGAGCUGUAUAAGUUUCCCGAGGACAAAAGUGAGACAGACUUCCCCGAGGGCUGCAUCGGCCGGCUGUGGUUCUCCGUCGAGUAUGAGCCGGAGUCAGAAAAGCUCCUCGUCUCCCUGAUCAAAGCCCGGAAGCUGCAGCCCCCUUCUGCCUCCUGUUGCCCCUUUGUGAAAAUCUACCUGCUGCCAGACGAAAGGCGCUAUUUACAGUCGAAGAUCAAGCGCAAAACUCUCAAUCCGCAGUUUGAUGAGGAUUUUGUUUUCCAGGUUUCCAGUAACACCUUACACCAGAGGACGCUGAAGUUUUGUGUCUACCACGUGGACAAACAAAAGAAGCACAUUCUCUUAGGCCAAGUGAUGUUCCCUCUAAAAAACGAAACCUUGAGCGGAGACCACAAAGUUGUCCUCUGGAGAGACCUGGAAGCAGAAACCCUGGAGCCUCCUUCCGAGCAUGGCGACAUCCAGUUUUCUCUCAGCUAUAAUGAAUAUCUGGGCCGCCUCACAGUGGUGGUCCUGAGAGCCAGAGGCCUGAGAUUCCAGAAUGACAGACAGGCUGCCGGUGUGUUUGUCAAAGUGUCGCUCAUGAACCAUAAUCAGUUCAUCAAAAGCAAGAGGACUUCGGCCGUCCUAGGAUCCCCUGAUCUGUUGUACAACGAGACGUUCAGCUUUAAGGUUGACCAGACGGAGCUGGACACAGCAAGCUUAAGUCUGUCUGUGAUCCAGAAUGGUGAGGAAAAUGAAACCUGCUCCCUGGGCCGUGUGGUAGUCGGGCCCUUCAUGUACACCAGGGGCAAGGAACUGGAACACUGGAAUGAGAUGGUCAGCAAGCCAAAGGAGCUGGUGAAAAGGUGGCAUGCGCUUGCUGUGAGCACCUGAAGG